AAGGAGGUGCCGCCCUCUUGCCUCAUGCCUUCCUCUUACAGCUGGCAGCAGAGAGAGGGAGAGACAAACGCCACAGAGCCGCAAUCUGAGUGGAGACACAAUCUACCCCUUGGCCCCACAGUGCGGUACACUUUCGGGGUCUGACUGCGGCUUUCUGCGUAGAUAUACACAACCCGUCGUUCUCCUUCUCCGAGCUUCACGUUGGCUCAGGCCAAGUGGCGGUGCAGUUGUUUGACACGGGAUAUAUCAGCGACACUGAAAGACUAAAGAUGACUACUUCAUGGAGUGACAGACUGCAGAAUUAUGCAGACCUGCCUGCCAACAUGGACAGAGUAACAAUGAAAAAAUACAGACGAGAGCCCUACCAUAGAGUGUUUGUCAACAGAAGCUUGGCAAUGGAAAAGAUAAAGUGCUUUGGCUUCGAUAUGGAUUACACUUUGGCAGUGUAUAAAUCGCCAGAGUAUGAGUCGCUCGGAUUUGAGCUUACCGUGGAGCGGCUUGUUUCCAUCGGUUACCCACAGGAGCUGUUCAGCUUCGUCUACGAUCCAUCAUUUCCUACCAGGGGCCUUGUAUUUGACACCAUGUAUGGAAACCUGUUGAAGGUUGACGCCUACGGUAAUAUACUGGUCUGCGUCCAUGGAUUCAACUUCCUCAGAGGCCCCGAGAUCCGUGAGCGUUACCCAAACAAGUUCAUCCAAAGAGAUGAUACAGAGCGCUUUUAUAUCCUCAACACACUGUUUAACCUUCCAGAGACCUACCUCUUUGCAUGCCUUGUGGAUUUCUUCUCCAACUGCGAUAGAUACACAAGCUGCGAGACUGGCUUUAAAGACGGUGACCUCUUCAUGUCUUACAAGAGCAUGUUCCAGGAUGUUCGCGAUGCUGUUGACUGGGUCCACUUCAAGGGGACACUAAAGGAGAAAACUGUGGAGAACCUCGAGAAGUAUGUUGUGAAAGAUGGAAAGUUGCCUCUUCUCCUCAGCCGGAUGAAUGAAGUUGCCAAGGUGUUUUUGGCUACCAACAGCGACUACAAAUACACUGAUAAAAUCAUGACUUAUCUGUUUGAUUUCCCCCACGGUCCAAAGCCUGAUACUUCACACCGACCGUGGCAGUCUUACUUUGACCUCAUCCUGGUGGAUGCCAGAAAGCCGCUGUUCUUUGGUGAAGGGACAGUGCUCCGACAAGUGGACACGACCACAGGGCGACUUAAGAUUGGCACCUACACAGGGCCCCUGCAGCAUGGUAUUGUCUACUCUGGAGGUUCCUCAGACAUCGUGUGCGACUUGCUUGGGGCCAAAGGCAAGGACAUUGUAUACAUCGGGGACCAUAUCUUUGGAGACAUACUGAAGUCCAAGAAACGCCAAGGCUGGAGGACGUUCCUCGUCAUACCUGAGCUUGCUCAGGAGCUGCACGUCUGGACCGACAAGAGUUCUUUAUUUGAAGAACUGCAAGGUCUGGACAUUUUCUUGGCAGAACUCUACAAACAUUUGGACAGCAGCAGCAAUGAGAGGCCAGAUAUCAGCACUAUCCAGAGAAGAGUCAAGAAAGUCACACAUGACAUGGACAUGUGCUACGGCAUGAUGGGUAGCCUUUUCCGCAGCGGCUCCAGGCAGACUCUGUUUGCCUCCCAAGUGAUGCGCUACGCAGAUCUCUAUGCGGCCUCCUUCAUCAACCUGCUCUACUAUCCAUUCAGCUAUCUCUUUAGAGCCGCGCACGUACUUAUGCCCCACGAAUCGACGGUGGAGCACAUGCAUGUGGACAUCGCCAGCGAGUCGCCGCUGGCCACGCGCAACCGCAACCACUGUAGCGACUGCAAAGAAUUCGAGUGCAAACGCAACCAGUUAACACGCUCCUUCAGCGAGAUCAAGCCUCCCAACCUGUUCCCGCAAACCCCGCAGGAGAUCACCCACUGCCACGACGAGGACGAUGACGAGGAGGAGGAGGAAGAAGAAGAAGAAGAAGAAGAGGAAGAGGAGGAAUGAAGUUCUCCUUUUAGUCAUCUAGAGGUUUUCUAGUUAAAGGCAAAAUGGAAAAUCCUUCACUGUGUGUGUGUGUGUGUGAGUGAGAGUGAGAGAGAAAGUAUGUGAGUGUGUGUGUGUGUGUGUGCAUGUGUUAGCAGAUGUGUGUGUCAAUACUCGACAUUUUAGAGUAAAGUGUGACAGACCAGCAAACAAACAGGAUCACGACUGUCACAUAACUGCACGCAUGAUUUUUUCAUAGUUCUUUUUGAAAUCGAUUCGAUUUGAAUUUGUUUGUUGUUGCCAAUGGACUGAAGACACUCCUCCGCUGAGGUUUAACAUGACCUUUAGGAUAAGCUGGCUUGAAGCAUGACAUACACAAGACGAUGACGUCACAUAUGUGUCGGCACGCUAUGUGAAAAGAUGUAUCAAUCCGUUGCAUCGCAAUUGAUUUUUUAUGCAAAAUGGGAACAGUGUGCUUUGGGUUUGUGUGGUUUUCUUGACAUUUUGACGUCUUGUUUCUGCCAAAAGGCAUUGUGGGUGAUAAUGACAAGAAGAGCCUCUUUGCUAAACAGAGAGAAGGCAUCCCAGUGCUCGGGUGGCCGUUGACCUGUUCUGGUUACCUAGCAACAAUGAGGACACACGUACUGUAUAACAUGCCGAUAGUCGCUAUAACAACAGUGAACCUGUGCUUCUGUAAAUAGUUGUCAGGCAUAAACAGCUGAAGAAGCUCAGAGGCAGUAUUUUUUUUAUAAGAAAAUGAAACUUAAGUGUUGCAUUUGCAUUUAUUUUUUGACAUGCAGCCUCCAAAUGCAAAGGGCAUGCAAGGCAUCCUGUGAUUUUGAAUGUUUGUGGUUAUGCAGAGCCCAAAUGCUUAAAACUGAAGUAAAUAGCGCGAUUGGCACAGGUAAAAUUAUUAUUUUUUUCUUUCUGUUGAUAUUGCAGUUUCUAGCCUUUUUUGUGAUCCAGACACGCAAACGUACACUGAUACCUAUGACAUAACCUUAAACAAUUGAAGGAACCAUAACGAAUCUGUAUCGUUUUUUCUUCUUUUGUUUAUUUAUAAUUUUUAGUUUAGUUUUUUUUGGGGGGGGGGGGGGUUCCAAAUUGAAUAUUUGUAUUUUAGGGUUCAACUGUCUUUUUUUUUGCAUAACAUUAUGCACGUGAGAAUAUAUCUCUUUUUUAAGUUGGUUGACUGUAGAAAUUUUAGGGAUUUAUGCAUUGCAGUUUACACAGAACAAAACUGUAAAUCCAAGCUGGAACUACUAAAGAAAAAAAAAAUAAUGGAAAACGUGAAUAACAUGUUAAAAGCUGUAACUAAAUGUUAGUUGUAAUCAACAACUUUUGAGGGUUAUUUUUAUUUUUCUAAGCUAGUGUUUUAAAGGGUCUCAGUUUACAGAACUACUAAUGGAGAUUAUUAUUAUUAUUGCUAUUUCUAUUUCCGCCCAUUGUUUCUUAACUUUUGUACCACACCACACUUGGGGGUUGAGCCUGUUGGCUAUUAGUUAAGCCAAUAUUUAAACUGAUAUCUAAUUUUUCUUGUCAUGAUGUCCUGAAUGCAUCCUUGUUUGCAGCGUGUUUUGUCACGGUCAACUAAACUAUGGUUAUCUUUCAUGCAUAUCCUUUUAUGUUCUUAUUUGCUUUAUUCCCAGAUGCUCUGGCAGUUUGUAUACAGAAGGAAAUGGCCUACAAAUGUAUAAUAAAGAUAGUUUUUCAUA